UGUUGCGAAGGAUCAACAACCCAUUUACUUUGCGGCGCAGUUUUUAGAUAUUGCCGAAAUAUCAACAGCAGUCACCUAGUAGUGAUCGUUUAAUUUCUUAGCACGAGUCCAACAAAGCUUCAAGAUGCCGAAAGUAAGUUCGCGUUCGGGGCCACCCAGGAAGAUGUCGAUUAACAAAUCGAAACACUCCAUGAACCCGGAGCGGUCAACCGAGGGCCUAAAAGGAGUGGCCAAUCCGCGUACGAAGGCAACCAUCAAGCGGCUGCAAAUGUACCGCAACUUUAAGGCCAAACGUGAUCGCCGUGGCAAAAUUCUAACGCCGGCUCCCUUCCAAGGGUGGGUCAACAGUGGUACGGUGGCCCGUGUCGAACCGACGCCCAAAUGGUUCGCCAACACACGCGUCAUCUCGCAGAAGUCACUGCAAAAGUUUCAGGAAGAGAUGGGCAAAGCGGUCAAAGAUCCAUACAAGGUGAUCAUGAAGCCUACCAACCUGCCGAUCACGCUGCUGAACGAAUCGGCCCGCUAUCAGCGGGUGCAUCUGCUGGACACCGAAAGCUACGACACGGUGUUUGGAAAGAAGAAACUUCGCAAACGUCCUUCGCUCAAGGUGCGCGAUCUGGAGGAUCUUUCCCGGACAGCUGAAGAAUCUGCGGAAAAGUAUGACGACACCAAGGAUCAUGACUUGGAGCGUGACGACGGCGGCGUGAGGGAUGCAGUACGCGAGUACAUCUUUGCGGCCGGCCAAAGUAAGCGCAUCUGGAAUGAGCUGCACAAGGUAAUCGAUUCGGCCGACGUGCUGCUGCAGGUGCUGGAUGCACGCGAUCCGAUGGGAACUCGGUCGAAGUACAUCGAAAACUUCCUUCGCAAAGAGAAGCCGCACAAACAUUUGUUUUUCAUUCUGAACAAAGUCGAUCUGGUACCGAUUUGGGUGACGCAGCGAUGGGUGGCAAUUUUAAGCAAGGAAUAUCCCACGAUUGCUUUCCAUGCAUCGCUUACGCAUCCCUUUGGUAAGGGUGCGCUGAUCAAUCUGCUCCGUCAGAUCGGCAAACUGCACGUCGACAAGAAGCAAAUCAGUGUGGGAUUCAUCGGGUAUCCAAACGUCGGCAAAUCGUCCGUCAUUAACGCACUCCGCAGUAAGAAGGUGUGCAAGGUGGCUCCGAUCGCAGGCGAAACCAAGGUGUGGCAGUACAUUACACUGAUGAAGCGUAUCUUCCUGAUCGAUUGCCCCGGGGUGGUAUAUCCGACAGCUGAAACGGACACCGAGAAGGUGUUAAAGGCGGUCGUGCGCGUAGAACUGGUCCAAAAUCCGGAAGAUUACAUUGAGGAGGUAUUGAAGCGAAUUCGCAAGGAGUACAUCGUGAAGACGUACGGCGUGACCGACUGGACGGAUCAUAUCGAUUUUCUCGAGCAGAUUGCCCGCAAAAUGGGUAAGCUGUUGAAAAAGGGUGAACCGGACGUACCGACCGUCUCGAAGAUGAUACUCAACGACUGGCAGCGGGGCCGAUUGCCAUUCUACGUGGCUCCGGAAGGCUUUGAAAUACCAAAGUCGGUCCUCGAGCUACAGAAUCAACCUACGUCUCAGGAGAACGACCUGAAUGAAACAGCAGCGCAGGAUGAAGAAAAGAGUACCUACUCGGGGGUGACGGCCACUCCCACCCUGCCAGAUUCCGUAAAGAAGGGCCGUGAACUGUUCCAGAUACAGGACUUCCGCAAGAUUAAAGUCAACCUCGAGUUCGAAAGCGAUGAUAUUCGUGAGAUUGACAAGAUCGAUCUGGAGCUCCUGCAAAAGCUUAAGGAGGAGAAAAAGGCCGAGGCAAAGGCAAAGAGAGCGAAUAGGAAGAAGUCUUCGCAAGCGGGUGACCAGAACGAGGAUGACGAUUCGUCCGGAAUCAGCGAUUUCUACUCCGAAGAUGAGUAUGAUGAGGAAGCCGGCCGUGUGGUGCACCGUAGCGCCAAGGAGAAAGAGGGCGAUAGGAAAAAGAAGCAGCCAACAGCUACAAGCAACAGCACCGUGGCAGCGGAUGAGCCUGAGACGAGCACGAAGAAACCAGCUGUUAAACUUACCUCGAGACAGAAACGUGCAGUUGAGCGAGCCUCGAAGCGAAAAAAGAUUGGAAGCAACUUUUACGAAACCCAUAAUGUUAAAAAUAGGAAUCGAAACAAAAAAGCAAAAAUGGAUGAUUAAUUUUGUUGCAAACUUUUCUUUUUGUUCUCGCUUAAAUCAAUAAAUAUUAAUAUAACAAA